AUGCGUCUUUCUUUAGUUACAGUUGUAUCCCUGGCCACGAGCUCUCUCGCUCUAGCCCUCGUGCCCAGGGAGACUAACAACACCAUGGAAUCGGGACAUUACCCGGGAGGCGGAGGAGGAGGCGGCGGUCGCGGUGGUGGAGAGUGUAAGGGCGGUGACAAGCCGCCCGGUAUGCCCGGUGGUGGCGGCGGCGGUGGUGGAGGUGGAGGUCACGGAGGCGGCGGCGAGGGCGGAGGCAAGCCUGGUGAAGGCGGCGGAAACGGUGGUGGAGGUGGCGGUAAGGGUGGAGAUGACUGCAAGGGCGGUCACGGAGGCAAGCAGCCGCCUGGUAUGCCUCCCGGUAUGCCCGGUGGAGGUGGUGACAAGCCUCCCGGCAUGCCUGGUAUGCCCGGUGGAGGCGGCGGCGGGGGCGGUGGUGGUGGAGGAAAGGGAGGAGAUGAUUGCAAAGGAGGCAACGGAGGCGGUCAUGGAGGCGGUGGAGGCGGGGGCGACAAGCCGGGCGGUGACAAGCCUGGCGGCGGUGGAGGCGGAGGAGGAGGAAAAGGCGGCGGCGGCAUGACGGAAUGCAACUCGUUCCGCAUGCGAGCCAAGGGCUCCGUCUCGGGCUGGGUCGGCCAACUGGAAAGCGGCCAGCUGAGAAUCGGCCUCGAGCCCGUCAUCCUCCGCAUGGAAAAGGGCGAGAUUGUCGAUACCCGCCGACGCGGCAUGUGGUGGACUCCCCCUACCGAGACACUCCAGUGUGACCCGGGACAGAAGCCCGACAAGGGUUGGAGCGUAGGCUGCGACGGCAAGAUGACGUUCCAGGAGCAGACACGGUACUUCCAGUGCGAGGCCGAGAACCAGACGUACAACCUGUACAAGAAGAACGACCAGGGCGUCAACUGUGGUGAGAUUACGCUCUACAUGAGUGGUUGUGGGCGUGGAGAGGGCAUGGGUGAUAAGCCUCCUGGCGGCGGCGGUGACAAGCCCCCCGGAGGGGGAGGUGACAAGCCUCCCGGGGGUGGUGGAGGUGGUGGUGGCCACGGAGGCGGAGGAAUGUCUCCUCCUGCUAAUGGGACGGCUACCCCUCAGAACGGAACCAAGCCCAUGCCGCCUCCUGGAAGGUGA